CAGGGGUGGACUGACCAUUCGCACAAUCGGGCACUGCCCAAGGGCCCGGAGUCAGUAGGGGGCCCCAUGAGAUGCCCCUGGUACCUUUUUCAUAGGCUUUUUUGGGUGUGGGCAAGGACACAGGGGCCCAUGAUCCCCUAUUGCCCGGGGGCCCCAUGAGUUGUCAGUCCGCCCCUGCACAUGACCCAGAUCUUUCCCAGCCUGUCUGCAUGGAAACAAUAACAGGAGGAGCUUCUAUUUCUCUGCUGCUGUAGGGGGCCCCAUGAGAUGCCCCUGGUACAUUUUUCAUAGGCUUUUUUGAGUUUGGGCAAGGACACAGGGGCCCCAUGAUCCCCUAUUGCCCGGGGGCCCCAU